AUGGGCGCUCCACCCAUCCCGGGAGAUGGAACCGUACCAGUCGCCUUCACCUCGGUCCCCGAUAUUGGGACGUACGUCGCAAAGAUCAUUGCCGACCCGAGGACGAUUAACAAAAAGGUGUUGGCGUACACCGAGGUCUUGACCAUGAACCAGGUAUCAGACAUCAUGGACGAACUCAGCGGAGAGAAGUCUCUGAGGAAUUAUAGAACUGCGGAGACGCUGGAAAAGGCCAUUGCGGAUGCUUGGGAGGCGUUGAAAAAGGAUCCCAAGGAUGUAGCUGCCUUCUACUCGAGGGCUAUCAGCGAGUACCACUACUCGUGGGGUGUGCGUGGCGACAACACGCCCGAGUCCGCUGUGUAUCUAGGGUAUCUAGACUUCAAGGAGUUAUACCCCGGCGUAGCUGGACGCACCAUUCGGGACUUUCUCCGGGAGGUCUUGGCAGGGAAGGGAAGCGGCAUUCGAUACUAA